AUGAACACAACGCAAAUACCACCACGAAACAUUGUUCCACCUCCUCGUCCGUCCCACAACGGCUUACCAAACUCGUCGCCUGCAGGAAGAAGCCCACCAACCACUUUACAGUCCUCCUCCCCCAAAACGUCUGAAAAAAACCAUACAUAUAACCAAACCGUUGUUGGCCACUCACUCGUACCUCAACGUUCAGCUCCGCCGCCACCAAAAUCUGUGCAAAACUCUGUACAAAUGAGCAGCAGCGCUUCCGGUUUGAGUCAUAAUGGUAAUUUAAAGUCAAACUCGUUAAAUUCACGUCGCGGGCCUCCCACUUCAAAAAAAUCUGCGAGCUUAGGGCCGCCUCCAAAACCUAACCGAACAACGCCCAGUACGCCAACGAGUCAGUCGCCUCUAGCUCGAAGCCCGUCCGCUGGUAGUGCCCAGACAAAAUCUCCAGGGAUGUCAACAGAUUCUGCUAGUAUUUCUCCUACUUCAACCAAAUAUUCGCCAAGUGGAAGUUAUAGUUCUGUUAAAGGCCCACCUAUCAACGUACACGGCGAAGCUAUCCAGCCUGUAAGCAAUGAGAAAGAUGGGAGCAACAGAUCUUUGAAAGGUGUACUGAAUACUUUCGGCAGCUUAAUGUCUGAUUUGUUAUCAACACAAAAAAGAGUAGAAAUUUCUUCGCCUUACGAUCCAGUUCAUUUAACUCAUGUUGGAUUCAAUCAAGAAACUGGAGAAUUUACGGGCUUACCAAAAGAAUGGCAACAGUUAUUACAAGAAUCCGGUAUCUCGAAAGAGGAUCAACAAGCACACCCUCAAGCUGUGUUGGAAAUUGUAAAAUUUUACCAAGAUAAUGCAGCUGAGGGAGGAAAAAAUUCCAUUUGGGAAAAAUUCCAUAAUGCCACACUCAAAAGUCAAUCUCCACCAUCUAGUUUGCCAACUUCACCACGCAUAGUAGACAAACAAUUUGAGAAUCCUGUGAGUGUAGAAAACUUCAGAUCUGCACCAACCCCUCCGGAAAAGAAAAAACCAAAUCCCCCAGUUGUCCCUAUAAGAUCGACUAAUACAUCAACUAAUGCACAAAGUGUUUCGGAUAAAAGUAACAAUCAGCCAAAAUCACCAAAUAAGGCUUCUUCGCCAAAGCCUCCACGUAGUCAAGAACCUCCAAAGCUUCCUCCAAUACCGUCGUUGCCUCCACUCGAAAGUCGGACGAUGCCGACAGCUCCUCCAAAACCAGCCCCAAAACCACCUCGUCCGAAGGAAUCCAAUAAUCAAGUACCACCACCGCCUCAAACGGCUCCUCCUACUUCUAAACCUUCACAACAACCAGCAACUAGCGCAUCUGGUCCCGUUGUAAAACCACCACCACCUAAUACUCAACGACGACAACAGCGUAAACCAGCAAAAGAUUCCAUAGAUGUUAUUGAGAGAUUGAAGGCUAUCUGUACUGACGCUGAUCCGACGAAAUUAUAUCGAAACUUGGUUAAAAUCGGUCAGGGUGCUUCAGGCGGUGUUUUUACUGCUUAUCAAGUAGGAACAAAUAUGUCAGUUGCCAUUAAACAAAUGAAUCUCGAACAGCAACCAAAGAAAGACCUCAUCAUAAAUGAAAUAUUGGUCAUGAAAGAAUCAAGGCAUCGCAACAUAGUAAAUUACAUUGAUAGUUUCCUUUGGAAAGGUGAUCUUUGGGUAGUAAUGGAAUUUAUGGAAGGUGGUAGCUUGACAGAUGUUGUAACCAAUAAUAUAAUGACGGAAGGUCAAAUUGCAGCUGUAUGUAGAGAGACUUUGGAAGGUCUAGCACAUUUACAUUCAAAAGGUGUAAUCCAUAGAGACAUUAAAAGUGAUAAUGUUUUGUUAGCAUUAAACGGCGACAUUAAACUUACCGAUUUUGGUUUCUGUGCCCAAAUUAACGAAAACCACAACAAACGCACAACUAUGGUCGGUACACCAUAUUGGAUGGCUCCCGAAGUAGUAACACGUAAAGAAUAUGGACCAAAGGUUGAUAUAUGGUCGUUAGGAAUUAUGGCCAUUGAAAUGGUCGAGGGUGAACCACCGUAUCUGAAUGAAAAUCCUUUGAGGGCCUUAUAUCUUAUUGCAACAAAUGGCACGCCUCAAUUGCAAAAUCCUGAAAGUUUGUCACAAAUCUUUCGGGAAUUUUUGAAUUUAUCGUUAGAAGUUGACGCAGACAGAAGGCCAACUGCGGUUGAGCUUCUUAAGCACAAGUUUUUACAAAAAGCCGAGCCCCUUAAAUCGCUUGCCCCGCUGAUUAAGUCCGCAAGGGAAAAUGCAAAGAAGGGCUAA